AAACAAAAAAAAAAAAAGCCCACGAGCUCACACAAAGUAAAAGCAAGCAGUCUCACAGGAUGACCGCGUCCGACGGCCCCCCCUUCCCCGUUGCCAUCACCAGAUAAAUAAACUGAACGAUGACCUCCAAACCGUUAGUUUUCGGUUUUCUUCUCCCUUUUCUUCAUUUCUCUUUUUCUCUACUACGUUUUAAAAUUUUCUUUUGUUUUUUUCUACGUCUAAUUUAUUUCCGUCGUCCUUACUCCAAUGGAAUUCAUAGAGCUAUUAAAGAGUACAAAGCAAACGCCUCGUCUUUCUGAAGAAGAGCAAAGAAAGUUAAAUAAUGUCCUUAGCAAUAUCGGUGAGAAUGUUGCUGAAUUGGCCGGACUUUUAUUAAAAGCCUAUCACUUGAUUCCUGAGGAUACGCCCAUUGAAAUAAGGAAGCCUGAAUUUAUUGAUUCCAAGAAAAAAACUGCUAGCCCUAGCAAUGGUACUGUCUAUCCAAGUACUAGUGAUGCCUCUACCGCAUCAAAAAAACGUAAACGAUUUCCUGGGGAACCGAAACCUCCUAGAUCCUCAUUCUUUCACUAUUUGGAGGAUGCUCGUAAAAAAUUGUUAACCGACACUUUUCCGGCUGGCACAGAUGCCAUAGCACAAACUAAAAUUAUUGCCGUUCAAUGGAAGAAUUUACCUAGUGAAGAUAAGCAGGUUUAUACGCUUCGAGCUCAGGAGGAUAGGAACAGAUAUGACAGAGACAUUGAAAUCUAUUGUAAAGAAUAUCCUGAUCGUGCCGCUGAUGUAUUACAAGAAGCGAAGAAAUUCAGAAGAGCUUCCGAGAAAAAGAAGCCGACAGCAGCAGCAACCAACGGAAGCAGAACCAUAGCAUCUGAAAUAGUAGAGGAGCACACUCAAGAUGUUGUAGCAAACAAUAACGAAGUUUCUGAUGAUGACAGUUAUUUCGCAGCAGAUAAUCAGCUUGUAAUUAAAUUGGAAGAUGAUAGCCCUCAAUCCGAUGAAGAAGAGGAGAUCGAUGAGAUCAAUGACUCUGAUAACGAUGAACUGCAACUGGUUGGAAAUAAAAAACAACCCAUUUUCUAAAGGAUUAUACCCCCAAAUAUAAUGGCUAGUGAGCUGCUAUCAAUGUUAUCCUUGAGUUCGUCUACUGCUAUAGACUUCUCCAAAUCUUCUAAUAAAGUAUUCAACGUCAUAAAUCAUUUGUGAAUAAGCUGAGUGAAUAUAGUUGAACUCUAAGCUAAUAUAAUUUCAAGGGAAAACAUACUGCUCGUUUCCUUUACUUGAUUAUAUAAUAUAAUCCAUAUGUAUACAAUAACAAUUAUAACAUCUAAAUAAACUUUUAAUAAAUAUUA